UUUAAAAGUACCUUUGUGUCCUAAAAGAUGAAUUUUUAUACCAGGCCUUAUCCAAGUUGAAAGGCACACUAGCUACUCUUCUCUCACUGAAGUAUGCUAAAAGUUAAUGCAACCACAAAACCCAGUCAUUUCGUGCUGGUUCACGGGGCUGGCCAUGGAGCUUGGUGCUGGUACAAGGUGGCAACUCUCUUACGAUCUGCUGGUCACAAAGUUACAACUAUGGACCUUACGGCCUCAGGAAUCAACCCUGUCCAAGUCAGCCAAGUCAACAGUUCAUUGGUUUAUUAUGCUAAGCCAUUAAUGGAUUUCAUAGCGUCUUUGCCGACCACGAUGGAAAAUGUUAUCCUUGUGGGUCACAGUUUAGGUGGGCUCAGUAUAUCCCUUGCCAUGGAGACCUUUCCCCGUAAAAUUUCAGUUGCAGUAUUUGUUACUGCGUUUAUGCCUGGUCUUGAUUUCAGCUAUGCAGAAAUAUCCCAAGAGAUUAUGCGAAGAAAUGACUCUCUAAUGGAUUCAACAUUGAUAUAUAAUAACGGUCCAAAUAAUCCUCCUAAUGCUUUAAUUUUUGGACCAAAUAUGUUGGCAUCAAAAUUUUACCAACUUUCUCCACCAGAGGAUUUGGUGCUUGGCUUGUCAUUGUUGAGACCUCAUGAUGAAUUUAGUAAUGAAGAGUUGUUUAAUAAACAACUAAAACUUACCAAAGAGAAGUAUGGCUCGGUUCAAAGAGUUUUCAUAGUGUGUGACAGAGACUUGAUACUCGAGGAGAGUCUCCAAAGGUGGAUGAUUGAGAGGAAUCCACCCCAUGAAGUAAUAGUCAUCAAUGAAGCUGAUCACAUGGUUAUGUUCUCUAAGCCACUUGAUCUUUUUUCUUCUCUUGAACAGGUCGCACACAAAUAUUCUUAGCAAAAUUUCAUUUAGCUUUGUAACGUGGUCAGGCCAAAGAUCAUGAGUUUA